GGAGAGGGUCGUCGAUCAGUGAGUUGUAUCGUCAAUCAGUAAGUAUGCAAAAUCACAGCCAGCCAAGUCAGAGAUCUGAUGACUAUCGCCCACCAGCAUCCUUCCCUCCGUUUAUCCACUCCGUGCGAAACGCCUCCGUGUAUCGCUGGGUCAGGAACCGCUGGUGUGUCGACAGUCUUAGAAUAGAUGACGGAAUAAUGCACGGUGAGGAGGAUACGCACAAGAAAGGGGCACAUGCGCGCGCCGGCUGAUCGAUAGCACUUCCCAGUCAUCGCACGGCUCCCCUUCCUUCCGCGGGCUCUGGCGAUACAUAGACAGAUCCUUGGGAAGGCCAUAUCGUCGCGCAAAAUGUCCGUCUUCAACGCCUCUCGUCUCCUCGGCAAAACCGUGCUCGUUACUGGCGCGAGCGCGGGUAUCGGCGCGGCGACUGCCAUCUUGUUCGCAAAGGGUGGAUCGAACGUGAUCCUCUGCGCGCGCCGCGUAGAUGCUCUCGCGAAGGUCGCCGAGGCGUGUACUUCUGCACACAAAGAGUCGGGCCUCCAGCAAGGGGGCAAGUUCGCGACCGUCCAGCUCGACGUCGCGGACAAGGCGCAGGUCGCGUCUCUCUUCGACAAAAUCCCGCAGGACUUGCACGAUGUCGACAUCCUCGUGAACAACGCCGGAUUUGUGUACGGCACUGAGCGUGUAGGAGACAUCGCGCCCUCGGACUACGAGGCGAUGUUCGCCACGAACGUCUUCGGUCUCAUCGCUAUUACGCAGCUCUUCUUAAAGAGGUUUAAGGCGAAGAAGUCUGGUCAUGUCAUCAACCUCGGUUCCGUGGCUGGCCGAGAAGCAUACGUGGGAGGCAGCAUUUACUGUGCGACGAAACACGCCGUCAGAGCCUUCACCAACUCGCUCAUGAAGGAGGUCGUUGACACUCCGAUCCGCGUCACCGAGAUCCAGCCGGGCAUGGUUGAGACCGAAUUCUCUAUCGUCCGCUUCCGUGGCGACAAGUCUGCAGCGGACAAGGUCUACGAGGGCCUUCAUCCUCUGACAGCGGAGGAUAUCGCAGAGGAGAUCGUAUGGGCCGCCGCAAGGCCGCCGCACGUCAACCUGGCGGAAGUCUUCGUGCUUCCCGUCAAUCAGGCCUCCCCGAACAUUGCUUACCGGGGUGGAAAGUAAGUAGACCUGCUGGUGAAAAAGCACACUCACAAUUACAUACACCAAGAUCGAGAUUGUAAGCUAGCGGUAUAGAUCCUGUAGCAAUACAUGAGGUAUUCACAUGAGUCUCCUCACGACCC